GUAUUAGAUUCUAUGCUAAAAGAAAUAUGCACAGCCCUACUUGAAGCCGAUGUAAACAUAAAAUUGGUCAAACAGUUGCGUGAGAAUGUAAGGUCUGUAAUUGAUUUUGAUGAAAUGGCUGCAGGUUUGAAUAAACGACGUAUGAUCCAAUCUGCAGUCUUUAAAGAAUUAGUAAAGCUUGUGGAUCCUGGUGUAAAAGCCUGGCAACCAACUAAAGGAAAACCCAAUAUUAUCAUGUUUGUAGGUCUUCAAGGAAGUGGUAAAACAACUACUUGUACUAAACUAGCAUAUCAUUAUUUAAAGAAAGGCUGGAAAACAUGCCUGGUUUGUGCUGACACAUUUAGAGCAGGGGCCUUCGAUCAACUCAAACAAAAUGCCACUAAGGCUAGAAUACCUUUCUAUGGGAGCUACACUGAAGUAGAUCCUGUAGUAAUUGCUCAAGAAGGUGUAGAAAAAUUUAAAAAUGAAGGAUUUGAAAUCAUAAUUGUAGAUACAAGUGGUAGACAUAAACAAGAAGAUUCAUUAUUCGAAGAAAUGUUACAAGUCUCAAAUGCAACGAACCCAGACAAUAUUAUCUUCGUAAUGGAUGCUUCAAUUGGUCAAGCUUGUGAAGCCCAGGCUAGAGCAUUUAAAGAUAAAGUUGAUGUUGGAGCUGUAAUAGUAACUAAAUUAGAUGGUCAUGCAAAAGGUGGUGGAGCACUAAGUGCUGUGGCUGCAACACAGAGUCCUAUUAUCUUUAUUGGCACAGGAGAACACAUAGAUGAUUUUGAGCCUUUUAAAGUGAAACCAUUUGUUAGUAAGCUACUUGGUAUGGGAGAUAUUGAAGGCCUUAUUGAUAAAGUAAAUGAAUUAAAAUUAGACGAUAAUGAAGAACUUAUUGAAAAACUAAAGCAUGGUGAAUUUACAUUAAGAGAUAUGUAUGAACAAUUUCAGAAUAUAAUGAAAAUGGGUCCUUUUAGUCAGAUAAUGGGUAUGAUUCCUGGGUUCAGUAGUGAUUUUAUGACUAAAGGUAAUGAACAGGAGUCUAUGGCUAGGCUUAAAAAACUUAUGACAAUCAUGGAUAGUAUGAAUGAUAGAGAAUUAGAUCAUCGAGAAGGAGCAAAACUCUUCUCAAGACAACCAGGUCGUAUAACCAGAGUAGCCAGGGGAGCAGGUGUAGCAACAAGAGAUGUACAAGAAUUAUUAUCUCAGUAUACAAAAUUUGCUGCAAUGGUGAAAAAAAUGGGAGGAAUCAAAGGCUUAUUUAAAGGUGGUGAUAUAGCAAAAAAUGUUAACUCUGUACAAAUUAAACAAAAUUGAUCAGCAAAUGGCAAAGAUGAUGGAUCCAAGAGUUCUACAACAAAUGGGUGGAAUAAGUGGCUUGCAGAGUAUGAUGCGCCAGCUACAAGGAGCAGCUUCAAACAAUCUCGGACAUGUUAUGAGAUCUGGCAAGUGACAAAGUUCAAACUCCUAACUAUUAAAAUUUCUUACUUGUUGCAGUAUGUUCAUAAGUUCAUGAACCUUACUGUAACAAAUGGCAUACUGUGAUGAAUGAAGAAAAGAAAUAUUAAAAAACUGUAUAAAGGUAGAUGCAUGUGAGCCAUUCCUACCAUAUGUAUAUUUAAAUUUUUGUACACAAUUUUAUGGACUCUAAAAAAGAAAAUCAUUGUACAUGAUAAUCAAAAUGUAUCGUGGCAUUCUUUUUUCACAUGAUGAAGUGUAAAUAUGCCAAAAGAGCCAUUUGUCAAGAGAUUGGAUUAUUAAAAUGAUUGAUUUUAAGAAUGAAAUAUU